UUUUCAGCAUCCACACACUACACAGGGCUCACAGGCGACAGUGGCGUUACACGUGUGUGUGUGUGUGUGUGUGUUGUGUGUGUGGUAGAGAGUGAUCAUUAGACACCAUGACCAUUAGAAACCCUCUCCGGGAUCAUGGACAGAGGUAUCGACCAAGGAUCGCUUGUCUCAAGAAGGCAGAGAAGGUGCUGCUGGAGAUGCAGGACCUCAAAACAGGAGUUAAGUCACAGCCCCAGAGACUGGUUAUUACAACAAUACCACACGCUAUUACUGGGGAAGACAUAAUUGCGUGGUUAGCGGACAGAUUCCAAGUAGACACACAAGAGGCGAGGAGUUUUGGCUCAAUGCUGGUGGCGCUAGGAUACAUCUACCCUCUACAAGACCACAAACGCUUGGUGAUCAAACCAGAUGCGUCCCUCUAUCGCUUCCAGACACCGUACUUCUGGCCCACACAGCAGUGGCCUGUGGAGGAUACAGAUUAUGCGAUCUACCUGGCGAAAAGAAACAUACGCAAGAAGGGAAUCCUGGAGGUGCAUGAGCAGGAGCACUAUAACCGUCUUCACAAGUGGAUGAAUCAUAAAUGGGAUUUCAUAGUGAUGCAAGCUAAAGAGCAGUACAGAGCUGCGAAGGAGAGGAAGAAACCGGACCGUGUGGUGUUUGACUGCCAGGAGAGAGCCUACUGGGUGGUUCAUAGACCUCCGCCAGGGACAGUGAGCGCCAUGGACUAUGGACUGGAUCGACUAAUAGAUCCCAACGCAGACGAGGCCAAAACACCCGACUUCUACGCGAGAAUCAUGAUCUUUACUCAGCAGUCCAUCAUGAGGCCCAGAGUGAAGUCAUCGGUGUCACUUGGCGCAUUGGUGAAGUACUGUGCCACCUAUAACAACCACGACCCUUUCCUCUCCAAGUGUCUUCCCAGCAACCCCUGGCUCACUGAUGAUGUCACGUACUGGACCUUGAACAUGCCCUAUGUGGAAAUACCAACUAAAAUGCGAGUGGAGAGGUGGACGUUUAGCUUCGCAGAGCUGCUCUCAGACCCUCGAGGACGAAAUGAUUUCAGACUCUUCCUAAAGAAAGAAUUCAGCGGUGAGAACUUGGCAUUCUGGGAGGGUUGUGAAGAUCUGAAGUGGGGCGAAGCUGCGACGAUGAGAGAGAAAGCAGAGCAUAUCUACAAGACAUUCCUGGCACGUGGUGCACCGCGGUGGAUCAACAUCGACGGAAAGACGAUGGAAAUCACGGUGAAGGGCCUGAAACACCCACACAGAUACGUCCUGGACGCAGCCCAAACUCACAUCUACAUGCUCAUGAAGAAGGACUCGUACGGCCGGUACCAGAAAUCUCCAGUGUUUAAGGAAACGGUGAAGAAGGCCAUCUGUCCUGAGGAGCACCAUUUCACGGAUGCCCAGUUGGAGCAAAAUGCAAAGAAGAGACGGCCCAGUCUCAGCCCCAUCAUCCUGCGGCAGAUGGAGCAGGAGCAGAGAGCCAAGAUGGCCGCCAAUGUCGACAUCACACAGGUCAUGAGCAAACUCAGCAAGCAGGGCAAGGAGGCGCCCCCUCCUCCAUGUCCUCCACCUAAGAAAUAAACAUACAAAUGUGAUGUUCACUGAUUUUAAGAAAUGAUUUAGUGGAAUCAUUUUAAAUAGAUGCUGCAGUUUAUUUCUUAAUGCUAAUGUUUAAACUUUAAUGCCAUUUUACUUUGUUUAAAUGUUUUUUAUAAUGACAAUGGAUCAAAUGCUCUUAGUGAUGCAGACCUGCAGAAAAUGAUAACCUCACUGCAGGUUAACUCUAGGGAGCUUUAUAGCAUCUUUCAGCUCGUUGUUUUGGGUUUACAGCUUGCAAGUUUAAAGGUCCCAUGGCAUGACAAUUUCACUUUAUGAGUUUUUUUAACAUUAAUAUGAGUUCCCCCAGCCUGCC